ACAGAGAGAGCAACUGUGUUUUGUACAAACAACUGCAAAACUUACUGUCAUUUAGUUUGCCAAGCAGAUCUUAAGACUUUUGCUAGUGGCAGUAGUGUCUGUGUCUGAGCUUUCGUCUCUCAGUCUUUGUAGCAGCAAAGUGAAGGGGCAAUCUCUUCCUGCUUAUCUCUAACUGCAAAAGCCCAGGGACAUCAGUGUAAGCAGGUUUUUGACCCGUUGGCAAUAUCACCCGAUUCUAAACACAGUAUUUCUGAAUCACACUUUUGCAUGAGGUUUUCAAACAAAUGCCUGAUGAAUAAUGCAUAGGAAUAGAAAGAGCUUAAGAAAUGUAGAUAAAAUUAAACUAGCAGCUGUUAAAUAUUGUAGAAAUUGUUACAUUCAGAAGUCAUCUGCCAUCUAUCAAGGAUGCUUAUACAAUUUAUGUAUAAUGAAAAUGACAUUUGGUUUAACCUUGUCACAGUAUAAUCAGUUUGUGUCUCUGAGCGCUUAACAAUUUACACCAUCUUUUGGCUGUGACAUUCGCCUCAGUAAAACACAUUUAAUGAACCAGCAGUGUGUAAAGAUGUAAUUUGUAGCUCAGAUGGUGAAAAUGUUUUCAAAUUUGUAAAGAAAUGAUGUGACAGAUGCACCAGUGUAUGCUAAAACCUGAGAUUUCUAUUUUAUAGAACACCAUGUAUCACAUAUUCUUUUUCCAAUCCAACAGCUUGCCAAUGCCUUUAUUAUUGACAGAACAUAAAGCUGGUGAAAUCCUACAGAUAGAUUUUUAUGUAUUUUUAUACUUAUAAACAUAAAUAUGUAUUUAUUGUAUGUAUAUAUUCAGCAUAUAUAGUAUCAUACCAUGUAUGAUUUGUACUUAUAUGCAUAUAUAUAAUACUACGUAGGGGUAAGGGAUGAAAAUAACCUGGGCACAAGGGACUUACAUAUUUCCUUUGGGUGGGAUUUAAUGAUGGCUAGAUCUAACAACCAUAUUCUGAGGGAACAAGAGGUUGAAGUGUAGACUUUAGGAAUCAUAGAUGAAGAUGGUUUGAGUAAAGCUUACUGUAUUGAUACAAGUAAAAAAAAAAGAAGAUAUGAGUUUAUACUACUAAAUUUGAAAACAUUGAACUAUUUAGAUGCAAACUGACUAAGUAGGAGGGCUUCAGUCUUUGAUCCUGUACCUCACUGACAGCCAAGGAAAUAGAGCCUGGGAAUAAAUUACAUUAACUGUGACCAGAGAAGCGAAUGCUGAGUCCAAGCAGGACUGGCAGAAUAACAGAGCAAGAAAUCAAAUAGACAGCAAAGCACUGAUUUUGUGUACAGGUGGCAGUGGAUGGGUUUAAGUCAGAAAUCUGCAACACUGAUGGGCAGAUCAGACCUGCAGUCACAAUUUCUGCAGAUGAGCUGAUAUCAGACAAGAGUGGGACAGGCAUCCUUAAGGCACCAGAAGUCUUUUGUCAGUGUACUGCUGAGGCAUUACUGCAACAGCCAAGUGUUCCUGAUGUGCACAAAACCCAACAUAGAUGGGAACGCUUCUGAAUAGCACACAUAAGGUGGUAAGGGGAAAGAUGUGGAGAGUGAGAUAGCAAAGAACUCUGUGGGACCUGUACAGCUGGAAAGAUUGGGUAAGGAAAAUACGGCAUGAAUUCUGUAUCUGAAAUAGAGCAAAUUCUAAGGAAUAAUUAUCUUUUUCUGAUUCUUUAGUUCAGAAAACUGCUUUAUAUAAGCAGCCAGGAGCCGGCCUGUACAACCCAGCAGCCUUGGCACUUACUUCUUUCUGGUUCACAACUUCUUCCUUCAGCCCCCCCUCUCUGGUGUCUAUGCUGCGAUGCUACAGCCCCAGCAGCACGCAAUUCCUGCCUCGGGCUGUCUGGGGAGCACAGUGCUCAGGCCAGAGAAAAGGCUCAGAAGAUCUGCUUAGGCAGAGGCUUGUCUGCUUGAAAUGAAAAAAGCUGUCUCUCGAAGACCCGCCGAGCCCGGGGGAGAGGGUCCUUUCGCACUCCCCCGGGGUGCAUUCCCCAGUGCCAUUUGAGGCCGCUCAGCACCAUAAAUGCCAUUUGCAUCGGGAUAGGUUGCAACAGGAGCUGUAAAUCACUGACGGGGGAGCGAACACCUCCAGGGGCAGACACGGCGGAGCCGGGCCUCCUCUAGCUGUGGCAAUGUGUGAACGGUAUCUUUUGUUGAGGGGGGGGACUGAUGGCAAUUAGAUGAUACUUAUCUGGCUCUUUGAUGUGUAUUUAUACAAACAACGUUUUCCUCCGGGACUUGAGGUAUAAAGGAGUCGUGCUUCCUCACACUCUCGGCAGCUCCAAAACGCAGCAGGAUGACCAAGGCCCCUUUCUCUGUGGAGUGGCUGUCCCAGAGCAGCCAGGCCCCCAAAAGUCCCACCCAGGGCACCCCGCACCGAUCAUCGCCCUCGGCCGCCGGCCGCCGUCUCGCCUCGAGCUCCAGACCCGGACUGAGCGAACGGAGCAAGGAGAAAGGCGCCGGGAAAGGCAGGGAGCCUUCGGCAACACCCCCCGCUGCAGGUGCAGUGGGGCAACCGCAAGAGGAGCGGGGCCGCGAGUGCUCGUGCCCCGAGGAGCCGAGGGGCGGCCGGCGGCUGCGCACGGCGUUCAGCGCCGAGCAGAUCAGCACCCUGGAGAGCUCCUUUCAGAGGCACCGCUACCUGGGCGCCGCCGAGCGCCGCAAGCUGGCGGGCAGGAUGCGGCUCUCCGAGGUGCAGAUCAAGACCUGGUUUCAGAACCGCCGAAUGAAGCUCAAGAGGCAACUGCAAGAGUUGAGACCGGAGCCUUUCUGUACUCCAGCGCUCCCUUUCAGACCUCAGGUGUCCCUGCCAGUCACUUACAUGGCCCGGCCGCCGCCUCUACCCGGGCAUGAGGCUGCCCCGGGGGGCUUUGCCUUGGCAGCGUUGCCAGCACCUGCCCUGGACAUCAGCAGUGCCUGCAGAGCACAGCCUGUGGGUUUCUGGGCAGCACCCUGCUUUGUAGGAUACAGGGAUCCCAGGGCUUUCUUGCUGAGUGUCUGACCUGCUGGUAUGGACUGUGACUAAGGAGAAUUUGCACUAAUAUCUAAUAACUAUAUCUGGGCUGCCCCUGCCUGCAUCUGCCUGCUGGAGUUCUGAUGCAGCUCUGAGCAAGAUACUGAUCGACAAUCCAGAUCAUGGACUUCAGGCCAAGCUGCCCAGCAAGUUCAAACAUAGUGGGGUAAAUGGUAGCAUAAGUGGAAUCACCUAACAAACCUUAACAUUUUUUCAGCUUUCAUCUGAAUUGGUCACAAGGACUGCAGAACUAUUUAUCCUGCCCUGAAAGAGCUCCUCCCCGUUGAAUGAAGCACAGUCCUUAUUCUCUAGUUCUGUCCUGGCCCUAGUAGAGAAAGAAUAAUCUUGUAUUGUACCUUGCAAUUUACUGAGGAUACAUACAAAAAGCAUUAACUUCCCCCAUUCCCUUAAAUGGCUGUCCAAUCUCUCAGCUGCUUCCACUAUGGCACUUCAGGAGGGGGCUGUGCUUUUAACAAGACAUAUAGAUAUAU